CUAUUGUUCUUUGGCUGUCAAAUGCAGUUUAUUUGAAAUUAUUAAACGCAAAACGUCAAAUCUGAAGUUGUCAUUCGUAGUUUACGUGCAGUGUUUAUUGUUUUGUGUGAUUAUUUAAAGUCUUAGAUUUUGCAUUUGCAUUAGAUUUAUUGUAGAAACAUGUCUCAAAAGCCAAAACGAGACCGUGGAGCCAACUACACAGCAGAGGAAAAAGCAUUACUAGCUGAUCUUGUAUUUCAAUAUAAAGAUAUUGUUGACAGUAAAACAUUAGGAGGAGCAUUUCUUCUUAAAAAAAAAGAAGCAUGGAAAGCCAUCACCACAAAAUACAACAGUAAUAGCACUACUGGUCCAAGAGAGACAGAACAGUUAAAAGUGCUAUAUGAUAACAUGAAGCAAAAAUCUCGCAAGAAAGUGGGGGAACUUAAUAACUCAGAACAAAACAUUGGGUCAGAGUGUGUAAUAGAUGAUGCUCUCAAACAAGCUUUACAGCAUAUGAAGGAGGACAAGGUUCAAAUGAAUAAAAGUUGCAGUAGUGAUUGGAAACCUCAAGUAAUGGACUCUGAUACAAACAUUCCAUAUUCAAUGCAUAACCAUAUAGAACCCCUUACAAAUCCUUAUGACAGUGCAUCCAUUUUUUUCAAAGAUGAAGACGCUGGCACAAACUGCACCGAACCAGUACAAAUUAUAGAAGUGGAUCCCCUGAAUCCACCAGUGAGUAACCUACAAACUGUACGGGACUGUAUGUCAGACGAAUCAUUAGUAAUGGAUCAAAAUAAUAUAAGAAGUCCACCCUUAAGAGUUUUAGCAUCGGCCAGCAGGAAAAUUAAUAAAGGGGUCACGCCACAAAAUACUAAAAGUACAACAACAUCUGAAACUUUCAAAAAACUUUACUUUAAGAAGAAAUGUCAGAAUGCAAAAUUAGAACAAAAAAAAAUUAUGAUCGAAGUGAUGCAUUUAAAAAAGGAACAUCAAUUGAAAAUUCAUACAACUUCCACUGCUGCACCUGUCUCCCCAAAGAUAACCCCGCCAAUCAGUCCUUCAGUCCCUAUAUCCAGCAGCUCCCUGCAAUCUACCAUUUUAGAUGAGCAGUGCUUUGAGUAA